UGCUAACCUAACUGUAACUUAGUUAUCAACGGUGGCUAGUUAACGGUUAAAUGAUAAUGACACAGUCCUUGACACAUUAGCAUUAAACGGUUGUAUUGUAGUUAAUUGACGUGUUCUUAAGGUAUUGCUAAGAGCAAAUGUUUUUUUGGAUUUCUAAGUGAUAAAGUUACAAUUAGUGAGCACCAUCGGUCACAGUGCUCAUAUAGUGAAGGUUAACAGUGCUGAGCCCCACACAGCCAAGGUGUGAUUGAAUGCAGCAGAUGUAUGAAGAAGUGUGGUGACUUAUACAACAACAAUGGGGAAGAGGAGGAUGCCAGAUCUGUACAGAGCCCCCUUUCCUUUAUACUCCAUUAAAGUGGAUCCUAAAACAGGGCUUGUAAUCACAGCAGGAGGAGGGGGGGCUUCCAAGACCGGCAUAAAGAAUGCUGUGCAAUUCCUGGAUCUACAGCUGGAUGGAGGACACCAGUACAAUGCCAGUCUCCUUCACUCUCAUGACACUGACACACGUGCCACCAUGAACAUGGCUAUAGGCAAUGGUGUGAUUGCUGCAGGACAGGACGGGACCUGCUCUCUGAUGAAGUUUAAACACUGCACACCUAAAGAGGAAGGCAAAGCUGCUGCUGAGGAUGCAGAAAACAGCAUGCAGCGGGGUAAUGCCAGGCACCGAGGUGGGAAAAGGGACAAAGGUGGUCGGGAUGAGGCUGCAGCAUCUGGAGAUAUGUCCCCUAUGAAGGAUGAGACGGCUCAUAUCUCUGUGACUCGUUUGGCUGAAGUGCAGUCAGACCUGAACCCCAAGGACCCGCUUCAGAAAGUAGUCAGGUUCAGUCCAGACCUGAGCCUUCUGCUGACAGGAGGCACAGACGGACACAUACGGGUCUGGGAGUUUCCAUCGCUAAAGAAGAAGUUUGACUUCAAAGCACAUGAAGUGGAGAUUGAAGACUUGGAUAUGAGUCCCGGGAACAAGCACCUGGUGACUGUUGGCCGGGACUUUUCCUGCAGUGUAUGGAGUGGCAGCCAGUUGGCUAUGGGUCUGAAAUGGCUUGAAACAAUGCCUCAGAUAGCUGAGAAGAUAUAUCGAUAUAUGGCUUGCAGGUUUGGAAAGGUAGCAGACCAAAAAGGCGCCCUGAGGCUUUACACUGUCCAGAUCCCCCAUAAACGAGUCAGAAAACCUCCUCCUUGCUACCUCACCAAGUGGGACGGCAAGAGCUUUUUGCCCAUGCUGACGGCUCCCUGUGGCACCGAGGUCAUCUCCAGUCUGGCUGUCAGUGACUGUGGAACAUUUAUUGGCCUUGGAACUGUAACAGGAUCAGUGGCUAUCUACAUUGCUUUCUCCCUACAGAAGCUGUAUUAUGUACAGGAGUCCCAUGGCAUUGUUGUGACAGACCUGGCCUUCCUGCCUGACUCGCUGAAAGGCAAAAAUAUCAAAGGAAAUAAUGAAACGGCCAUGUUGAGUGUAGCUGUGGACAGCCGCUGUCAGGUACACGCUGUCCCCAACCGAAGAUCCUUUCCUAUCUGGCUAGUGUUGUUCUUUUGUGGCCUCAUGGUGGUGGGAGUCGUUCUCCUCCUACAGUACCUCUUUCCAGGAUUCAUUUAAAUCAUGCAAAUGUUGUCACAGAUCAUGGUUGAUGGAACUUGGACACAUCUUUACAUGACUUGCUUUGCUGCUGUCAAUAUCGGCAAUCCUCUGUCCAAACCUCCCAGUGCUGCAUCACAACUCCCAGCUGAGCUAUUGAAGGCUCGUCCAGCUGCAGCGCUGACUCUAAACUGCUUUUAUGGUUCCCUUACAUUGUCUUCCUCAGCUCAACUCAGGGUUGUUUCUCUCAGACCUGUAAACACAAUAGAAUCAAAUCAGGACAGACUGUGCGAUUAUAUUUGCUUUGAUCUCUAUCAAUUAUUCUUAAUCUUUUUUGGAUUCAUAUUGGAGAGUUGAUGGGCUAAUGUUCUUGAAUAUUUAAAGGGUGGAAUCUUUUUAUUGACAUAUUUAAGGAACAAUGUAAAAAAUAUAUAAAUGAUUGACACAAUGUG